AUGAUUGAUAGGCGCUCGCCAGGUUCGGACUACCUUAAUCGAGACUUGCCGAAGGUCGGGUCGCAGCGUCCUUACAAAGCACUUCUUUGGGGUGCCGUUGGGUUCUGUACAGCCCUUCCGGAAUCCGGAUAUCGCGCCGGCCCAGAAAUUGACUUGGGCUAUGAAAUUCAUCGCGCAAUAGUUUCGAAUGAAACGCCCGCGAUAUAUUCAUUCCUGAAUAUUCGCUAUGCAGCACCGCCACUCGACACGCUCCGCUUCGCGCCACCAGCAGCGCCAACAACGAACCGGAGCGCUGUUCUCGACGGGGCAGAUGAUAUCAUCUGUCCACAGACGUCCCCGGCCUGGUUGGACACGGCUGUUGAAUUUAUUCAAGGGGUGAGCUUUGUCAAUGUGACCCCGAUUGACUAUUCCAAGGCAGCAGUUCCUGCCCUUACCCCCGGAACAACAGAAGAUUGUCUUUUCCUGGAUGUGCGCGUUUCGGAGACAGUUUUCAAUGCUCGAAAGACAGGCAAAGGUGCACCUGUGGUCGUCUGGAUUCACGGCGGUGGAUAUAUCCAAGGGUACAAGUCGCAAGAGGGCAGUGGACGCGGUUUGAUACUGGCGAGCGAGCAAUACAACGAAACAGGAAUCGUCUACGUCGCCAUCAAUUACCGACUUGGGCUUUUUGGCUGGUCCUCUGGUCCUACAUUUGGGGCUCAAGGACAAGCGAAUUUAGGGCUGCUCGAUCAACACUUCGCUCUCGAUUGGAUCCAGAAAUAUAUCCAUUUCUUCGGCGGGGAUCCAACCCGUAUCACUGUUCUGGCGGAAUCUGCAGGCUCCGGUUCAGUUCUUGCCCAUCUCACGUCGUAUGCAGGUGGCCGGGGCCCUCUACCAUUCAGCAAAGCCAUUCUGCAGAGUCCCUGGAUGUUGCCGUUCCCCGAUCGAAGACAGCAGGAGAAUCUCUUUCAGUCCGUGCUUCGCGCGGCGAAUGUGACAUCCUUCGACGCUCUACAGCGGGCAUCCAGCCAAGUUCUGAUGGAAGCAAACAACGUUAUUGGGACCAGGGCACCCUACGGUACCUUUGCUUUCGGACCCGUGAUCGACGGAAGUACUGGCUACCUUCCCGGCCCUCCAGGCAUUCUUCUCCAAGAAGGUCGUUUCCAUUCAUCCGUCCAACCGAUGGUGAGCUACAAUUUAAACGAAGGCAUAUUAUUCGCAUCGCCCUUUGUCACCAACUCCUCCGCGUUCGAGGCCUUCAUUGUCGAUCUUUUCCCAGAAAGCCUUUCUGCCACUGUUGAUCGCAUCGCCACCACUCUCUAUCCGCCACCGACGCCGAACGGGACUGCCAAUGCUAAUAGUGCUCUGGGCUACGCAACCCAGCCGGAAAGAGUGGCGGCCGCCUUUGGUGACCUUGUCAUCCGUUGCAAUGCGAUGUACCUCCUGAAUGCCUACCCCCAGAAUUCUUACGCCUACCGGUUUGGUGUACCCCCCGGGUGGCAUUCCAACGAUGAGCCGUAUACGUUCUACGAGGCGGACAGCAGCAGUAGUAGCAAGCUGGAUCCGAAGGUGGCUCAGGCACUGCAGGGCUAUCUCACCCGCUUCGCUGUUCAUGGUGAUCCUAACGCAGUCGGCCUCCCUCCGUUCCGUCCGUAUGAUCGCACCACCGCGACCGUCCAGGAACUGGAUCGGACCUAUAUUGGACCCCUAAAAAGCGAUAUUUCCGCCUUGGUGUGUAAACGGUGGCUCGAGGCAUGGAAAACCGGCGGUCACCGGCUAGAUUGA